AUGACCGGACCAGAAAUACGAUACCCAACUCUGGAGAAGAUGGCACUGGCGGUCGUCGAAGCGGCGAGAAAGCUUCACCCAUACUUUCAGUCACAUUCGGUGGAAGUAUUAACCGACCAGCCCCUCCAAACGAUACUCCAAAAUACAAACAGGUUUCAUGCGGACUUCUUAGUCGAAUUGGCCCCGGAGUUGGAGCAUGAUCUCACACUCCCAAACCCAAACUGGACACUGCAUGUCGACGGAUCUUCGACUAACAAGGGCGUAAGUGCCAGAGUUCAACUACAGUCCCCGACCGGCGAACUGAUCAGACAGUCUUUUAGCUUUGGCUUUCCAGCCUCGAACAACGAAGCAGAAUACGAAUCUUUGAUCGCUGGACUCCGCUUAGCAAAAGCUGUCAAGGCCAAACACCUAAGCGCCUACUGCGACUCGCAGUUAGUUGCCAGUCAGUUUAGCAACGACUACGACGCCCACAACGAUCGGAUGGACGCCUACCUCAAGAUAGUACAAGGCUUAGCCGCAAAGUUCGAAUUCUUCGAACUCGUCAAAGUUCCCAGAGGAGAAAACGUCUGUGUCGACGCCCUCGCAGCCCUUGGAAGCAAGCUUCGGGACCAAGUUAAACGAACCAUUCCAAUACACCGCAUUGAGAAGCCGAGCAUCGAUAUCUCUAUGGACCAAACCAUCAUCAUUGCCCCAGUCACCGAAACCGACACGCUCGAUACUGAUGGAUUUUGCCCUGACUGGCGAACUGAGUUCAUCGACUAUCUCUCAAAGGGGGAACUUCCAACCGAGAAAUGGGCAGCCCGCCGACUAAAAACAUGCAGUGUUCAUUAUGUCGUCCUAGACGACGAACUCCAUCGAUGGACUGCGAGUAAAGUACUCCUCAAAUGUAUCCAUGGUGAUGAAACGGUCAGGGUUAUGGCCGAAACGCACGAAGGUGCUGGAGGAAACCAUUCGGGCGGACGAGCAUUAGCGAUCAAAGUGAGAAGCCUAGGCUUUUUUUGGCCGACGAUGAACGCAGAUUGUGAGUCCUACGCUAGAAGCUACGACAAAUGCCAACGGCACGCACCAAGCAUCCAUUGUCCAACUGAAAUGUUACGAACGACGAUCGUGCCGUACCCGUUUAUAUGA